AUGAUACUCGCGGAUUGCUCUGGCUCAGGCUCAGGGGUUUUAAUUUGUGCCCUGUCUGGCCCAGCAAAAUCGUUGGGAAUCGAGGGAUCUUCUGCGAUGUGCUGGCCCGACCUUGCAAAACCGGCAGUAAUUCGAAGAAAAAUCUUCCAGGCCCAAGAUCUCAGAAGCGAGGAUCAGACCGUCUUCAAGUCCCGGGCAGCACAGGACACGCUGGUCUUGCUCUGCGAAGGGUUUGGCUUGAUGACGCUGGUAGAGCUACACCUUGACCCGGCGAAGUACUCGGUGAAGGAUGGGCCAUCUCGCCCACUGGUGAGGGAUGAGCUCUUUGGCCCACACCUUUUAGCGGUGGGCGACUGGAGCGACUGCCGGCACCCCGUCCCCGCGGGCGCACCGCUGUACUUCGAGCCCAUGGAACGUGGCUGGCAAGCUCCGACGUGGCGGCUCACCGAAGACUCAUGGGUUGCAGUGAUUGGGAUUGGUGUGCCGAUGACAGCACUGAGACGCGGUGCCUACAAGUGCCUACUACGCUAUAGUUUUUGGGUGAUGCUUCGUACUUGA